GGCGAAAGAGAGAGAGAGAGAGAGAGAUACACGUGACAGAUGCCGCGCGCGGAUCUCGACAAAGUUCGGCGAAACUUCGCGCAGUGAGCGCCGCGCGCACGAGAACACCAAGUGUUCGAGUUGAGAUAAAAAGAAAAGAAAAGAAACGAAAAAGCGCGGAAGAUGUCAGCGGUGUAGCAUUUUAAUUCUAGUGGAAAUAUGUACCGACACCGAAGAAGAUAGUGCGCGAAUGUGAUUACGCCGGUGCGAGAUAGUGUUUCGAGGACGCGCGAGCGAGAGUGAGAGAGGAGCGAGCAUGUUCCCGCGAAGAAGCAACCUGCGGAGCACGACGACCAGCCGACUCGAGUGUCUUGAGCGACCACGAGUGCUCCAUCGCCGUUGAUAAGACGCGCGGCAGCGAUUCCGGAUCCUGGAUCAAAGAAUCGGGAAUACGCGGAGAGGAGGGCGGGAGGGGGCAAAGGCCGCCGAGAGAUUGCCGACGACGAUUCCAAUAAAACGAAUUUUCCCCGCGACUUGGCAAUCGAGACGAAGAAUUUGCAAACGGAUGCUACCCCUACUGCUACCACCCCCGCGACAGGAUAAUGAAAUAAGGAUCAAAGGAGCAGCCUAGGGUUCGCGGGGGCCUGAAGAAGCCGCCGCGCCGUGGAGAGAUCGCGCGCGUAUCGUCCGAUCCCGAAGAAGAAAACAAAUCCAAUUCCCACCAGGGAGGCAGAUACAGCAGCGACGCGCGCGAUCGUAAUGCGAUGGCGACCCUCGCCAUCGGCAAAGCCGAUUUAUGCUCGUGAGGUCCUCGGACCAUCGCCGAGCGGGCUCCGCGCGUCGAACAUAACGAUCGAUUUACGCGCGGGAGAGAGCCUCACGUUGCGGAGGAUUGCAGCGAAAUCGAGAAACCGAGCGCGAGCGCUCGCGUGCAGUGGAAUGAGGUGAAGAGUACAAUCGCAAAUCCAAACGUAUCAUCGGCGGACCAAGCAUCAUAUCGAGAUCGGCCGGACGAAUCGUGAAUCGAUCGUCGAGGCUCGAUCAGCACUCUCGCCGCGGCUCGCGCGCGCGGCGGCGGAGGCGGCGGCGGCGGCGGCGGCGGCGGCCAGCAGGCACGUUCUCCCCUGAACUUCCAACGAUAAGGCCAACGAUAAGGCAUAAACAAUUGAGCCGAACUCCUUCGGCAAGCUCGCGGGGGAAGGUGACGUCGUCGUCUCGACCGAAGGUACCGAUGCUAGCGGUCUCAUGACGAAUCCUUCGCGAGAUGCUCGACCUGAGGAUCGGCCUCCCGGCCUAGACUAUCCUGAUCCUAGGUCAGUGCGCGGAGCUCACCAGGCGAACCCGGUGAGCCAAAUUGGCGGGCCCAGGAUACGGAAAGCCCGGGCCUCAACCUCGAGGAGAAGAAUGCACCUGGCCAACGAGGUACCUCCUCAAGGUUCGGUCAGCGGAAAUCACCUCUCCGAUUAUGCGCUCACCGCCGACUUGCUCGCCGAGAGGACGUUAGACGGACUGCUCGCGGAGCACCCGGGAGAACUUGUGCGCACAGGUUGCCCGCAUGUGGUCUGUACGGUAUUGCCGUCGCAUUGGAGAUCAAACAAGACCCUGCCGGUAGCCUUCAAGGUGGUAGCCCUCGGUGAGGUGGGAGACGGUACCCUCGUGACAGUGCGCGCCGGGAACGACGAGAAUUGUUGCGCGGAAUUGCGAAAUUCUACCGCCCUAAUGAAAAACCAGGUCGCCAAAUUCAAUGAUCUCAGGUUCGUCGGCAGGAGCGGCAGAGGGAAGAGCUUCACCCUGACGAUCAUGCUGCAGACGUCACCGCCGCAGGUGGCCACCUUGUCGAAGGCAAUCAAGGUGACCGUGGACGGCCCAAGGGAACCGCGUUCGAAGACAAGACACCAGGCCUUUCAUCCCUUUCACUUCGGACCUCGGCCAUUCCCCUUCGGACACCCGCAGGACCCAUUGGGAUUCAAGCUGUCGGGAUUGCAACACCUGGGUCUGGAGCAAGGUGCGGGCCAGGGUUGGGGCGGGUUACCCCGAGGAUCUCUACCACCGCACUGUCUUCCACCGCCGCCCGGCCACCAUCCGCACACACACCCACAGCCGGUUGGUGCGUCGGCCUUCAACCCCUUCCACCACGCCAUCGAACAAAGAUCCCCGAGGCUGCCCGGACCAAAUGCCGAGUCCACGAGGAGUGACCUGGGCCCCAUCAGUGUUUCGGUACGAGAAGUAACGCCGACAACGUCACCCGGGAACCCCGGACCGGGCUUGCUGACGACGGCCUCCGUGACGGCGCCGACGCCUCCCGCCGAGUCGACCACCACUACUACCACGACACCCAGCCCGUCUGGACAUCACUCACACUUUCAAGGACUUCAUCUACUGGGCGCCACGGGAUCCAUCUUUGGGUCGAUAUUCGCGCCAUUGUUGCCGCAGUCCUCAUGGCUUUACAACCCGCUGUACCACACGCAACAAUAUAUUUUGGAACCGGAAUGGCACGCUCUGGCUCUAAGAAUGGCGCAGCAACGGCUACAGAGGCCGGAUCAGGCCCGCCUGGAGGAACUUAGGAAGCUCAGAAGCAGUAGUGACAGUCCUGAGAGCAGUACGAAGGACGAGGAGCGAAAAGGAGACGAGCAAGGAGUCUCGCGUAGGUCCGGAUUGGACAGUCCGGACGACAGUAUCGAAGUGGACGAUAGAAACGAUCAGGAUCCAAACAGAGACCGUGUUAGGAGCGACGAGUCACUCCCCGAGCAAGAUUCCCCGAGAAUCUCACCGAUCAGGAGCGACCUGGAAGAUGCCGCGUCCACAGACGCCACCUUCCAAGAGCCGUCGAUUCGUCUACGACCGAGCAUAGAGAAUCUAAACGACUCGGAACUGCAGAUCGAUCAGGAUCAGAUAGCCCGUCGCGGUGACCUCACCGUGAAAAUCCGUCUGGAGGGUACGGUAGACCUCAGCACGAAGAAGGGCCAGGACAAGGAGAAUAUCGGUCAGGAUCUAACGACGCGAAGAAAGGAGGACGGGAUCGACGUUGAAAGAGAAGCCGUCAGAACGCGAAGAGAAAGAAGUCCGAAGCCCAGGCACGUGUGGAGACCUUAUUAAGACUUAGAGAAGAGCACGGGAGCACGUUCGUGCGCGUCUCCUUCGCGACGCUCCUUCGGAGCGUGAAAAUUUUCAUGAACUCGACGACCGAGAGAGAGAGAGAGAGAGAGAGAGAGAGAGAGAGAGAGAGA